GGAGGAGAAAGCGACUCCGCCGAGGAGCUCCCCGCCGCUCCCCGCGACCGACGACGCUUCCUCUCUCUUCAGUCUCCGCAUCCCACCCCUCAGGCGUUGCAUGCUGGCAAUCAUCCCUUGGUGGAAUCCGACUGAGUGUUGACGGAACAUGGCGUGAGCCCGACACCCCUCGACCCCCAUCUCCGCCCUCAUGCCUCCGAUGCCACCAUGAUCAAGGCCAUCUUCUACAGCAAAUUCGACACCCAAGAGGGCCCCAAGGUUGUCCACCAGGUGCCCGAUGGCGCCAUCGUCCCCUCUGCGACCGCCCCUGCGCAGCCCCUCUUCCUGACCUUCUCCGACAUCUCCUUCUUCGUGAUUCCUCGGCAAGAGCUCUGCGGCAACCUGAUCCAGGUCUGCACCAAUGGCUACCGGAUCUUGGGCUACCCGAUCUGCAUGAAGUCCCUUCGCUACGAUCGGAAUGAGUUCAUCUUCAAUUUCUGCGUGGUACUGGCGGAGGAGGAGGAUUUCAGCACCUACAAGAGCGUCGUACAGAAGCUGGCGGAUCUGAUGCACGGGCUGGAGGAACAGAAUGGCUUCCUGUCCAGGGACCACUCGAAGCCGGGCGAAGGGAAGGUGUACAGCCUGUGCGAGACGCUGAUGGAGGACCUGAACAACUACUGCGAGUGCAUGAUCCCAAUCGACGAGCUGAACACCCUGAACAUCAAGCUGUUCCCCGUCUAUCCGGCCCCUCCGCCUGUCAAGGCGUGGCAUGUGCCUCUCUUCACUGUCCGAUACCAGACUUUCAUGGACGAGAACUGGGAUCUGACCAUGCAACGGAUCGUCCCACAUAUCAACGGCGUCAACAGCAUCCGCAUCAUCUCCAUCCUCGCCGACACCGACUUCUCCCUAACGUGCCGAGCAAUCCGCCACCUGCUGUACUACGGCUGCCUGUUCCUCCUGGACAUCUUCUCCUUCUCGGCCAUCUACGCGCCAACCGCCCAGUUCAGCUCCACCAUCGCCAUAGACGAAGACAUGCAGCAGGAAUGCGCCCGCUACGUCAACACUCUCUUCGCCUCCCCUAUCACCGCUGCCUCCGCCGCCCUGACCCCAGGCUACCCAUCCCGCCACGACCCAGACGCCGUGUGGCCCCCCAUCGGCGACCCCCUCACGACCAGCAGCGCCAGCGAAAUGACCAUUCCCAGUCGCACCCCCAGCCCCAGUCCCAGCUCCGGCACCAACCCAGCCAGCAGCACGACCACCAACCACCACCACCACCACCACCAUCACCACGAACAACCACACCAACACGAACACCUCCAACACCACAACCACCACACCCUCAUCCACAACCUCCCCCCGACCUCCUCCCACCCCUCCUCCCAACCCGUCGUCGACGGCAUCGGGCUCGUCGAACUCUACGCCAGCCUCAAACAAGGCCAAAGCAUCAAACAAUGGUACCUGCACCACACCCGCCAACUAACCCACAUCGACAUCCGCCGCUUCAUCACCUUCGGAAUCAUCAAGGGCUUCCUGUAUCGCGUGCACAAAUACGCCUACGCCACGGGAAACCCCGCCCCGCCGCUCAAAUCCUCCCUCUACCACCACAGCCACAGCCACAGCCACCACCCCAGCUCGACCUUCCAGAUCCCCAGCGGCCCGUCAUCACGCGGACCCGGAACCGGCACGAAUAGCCCGUAUGCGUCUAGUGUAGGCGAUGAUCCGGCGCCGAUUUCCCAGCAUCAGCAGCAGAACCAGAAUCAGCAUAGGGAUGAGGCAGCAGGAGCCGGAGGAGGGCAGGGACAGGGACAAGGCCAAGGCCAUGGAACUGCGUCAGUAGCGAGUGGGAGUCGGGCGGGCACGAUCGUCACGGUUGAGGCGGAGGCGGACGAUGAGGACGAUGAUGAUAUUGAUGAUAAGACCCUCUCGAGGUAUUUGGAUGGCAUGCAUUGUUUUGAUCAGAUUUGCACCGAGCUAGAGAUUAGUGAGAGGGAGUUGACGGGGAGGUUGAAGCGGUUUGGGGGGGAGGUGUUGAUUUUGCAUCGCUGA